UCAAGUGCGAAACUUGUCAUUUGUCGCCUGAAGCGAUAGGCAGUGCUAGUCUGUAAUACCCGACCCGAACUGUGGGAUUUAGGAUUUUACCAUUAUUUAGCCCACCACAUCAAAAUGACUUGGAGACUGUUGGUCCUCGGGGGGGCAUGCUUGCUUCUUAUGGGUGUGAGGGGUCAGUGCAAAGAGCAACGAAACCGGAGAACGGUGUCUUUCCAUCAGACUCAGCAAGAUGGGGACCAACGCCAAGUCCUCUCACGGCCAGAAAGGGAUACCACAGCUUCUCCAAGACCCACUUUCACCGCUUGUAAACUCCCUCUCACACCAUUAGAACACCGGGUGUUGGAUCAAAAUACACACGAGACAGGGUUUCAUGGUGACGAUGGCUCCAGUUUUACUGUCAUAUGGGUUGGAGACGGGACAGGGGUAAUCUUGGUGUUGUCUACAAUCAGUGCUCCUCUACAUUCCUUCUUCGAGGGCGGUUCUUCACGAUUGUACCGCAGUGCAGACUAUGGCAAGUCUUUCCAUGAUAUUUCUCAUCUCAUCAAUAACACCUUCAUAAGGAAGGAAUUUGGACUUCUGGCUGGACCAGGGAACUCUCAACAGGUGAUUCUGACUGCAGACACACCGGUUUUGGACAACAAUGGUGGCGUCAUCUUUACCUCAACUGACGCCGGAGUGUCGUUUAAGUCUGUCCAGCUGCCUUUUCACCCGGCCCAGCCAAUCACCUUCCACUUCUUGAAUCCCGAGUACUUAGUGGUCAUCAGCAUAGAUGGCGGCCUGUGGCUUUCUCUGGACUUUGGGGCUGUGUGGAAAAAGGUUCACGAAGGAACACAAUCUUUCACGUGGGGCUCCGGCAUCACUCUCUUCUUCAGCUUCAGUCCCAAAGGAACAGUGGAGGCAGACAGAAGAGGAGAGCUGUUCCUAAAGAGGACAGAAGACCUGGGGAAGACGUUCACCACCGUGGCACACAGCAUCUUCUCCUUCGGCUAUGUAGGAGGCUUCCUCUUCACCUCAGUCAUAGAGACACUGGGAGCCCCACGUGUCAUCUAUGUGUCCUCAGACCAAGGGGACCACUUCAACAAGGCCCAGCUCCCCUCCGCCUCCACUGAGCAGUUCUACUCGGUUCUGGAUGGGGAUGAGGACAUGAUCUUCAUGCAUGUGGACAAUCCAGGAGAGGAAAGCUACUUUGGGACCGUGUACACAUCAGAUGACCGGGGCAUCCUGUACUCUAAGUCUCUAGAGCGCCACCUGUUUGGUGGGGAAGGGAAGAGUGACUUCACCAAUGUCACCUCCAUGAGAGGAGUGUACCUCACCAACAUACUGGAGGAGGAUGGCCGCAUUCGUACAGUCAUUUCGUUUAACCGAGGGGGAGAGUGGACACUCCUCAACAAGCCCCAGAAUGUUGAGUGUGGUGAGGAUUCAAGAAAUGAUUGUAACUUGCACAUCCACGGUGAGCACAGUCGCUACAACGGCAUCACUCCAAUGCUGCCUCUCUCUGACCCCACUGCCGUUGGCCUUGUCAUCGCCCACGGCAGUGUGGGGGACUCCAUCUCGUCAACACGGCCUGACGUGUACGUGUCGGAGGACGGGGGGUACAAGUGGAGGGGAUCCCUGAGGGGCCCUCAUCACUACAGCAUCCUGGACGCUGGGGGGCUCGUCGUGGCUGUGGAGGCCCACCCCAUGGACGGCCAAAUCAACACCAUCAAGUUCUCCACAGAUGAGGGCCAGUGUUGGAAGGUGUACAACUUUACAGAGCAGCCCAUCUUCUUUGCUGGCCUGACAUCCGAGCCGGGCACCAAGACCAUGAACAUCAGCGUGUGGGGCUACCGGCCCGAGGAAGACCACCAGCCCAUGUGGGUGGUGGUCACCAUUGACUUCCAGAGUCUCCUCACCAGAGAGUGUGGUAACCAGGACUAUGUUCAGUGGUUGGCCCAUGCCAGAGAGGGCGGGGACUUGGCCACAGAGGGGUGUAUCUUGGGCUACAAGGAGACCUUCAGGAGGCUGAGGAAGCUGUCCGUCUGCAGGAAUGGACGGGACUACGUGGUGAGCAGGCAGAAAAGCCCCUGCCCCUGCACCAGAGAGGACUACCUAUGUGACUAUGGUUACUAUCGUCAUGAGAACAGCUCAGAGUGUAUGAGACAACUGGACACUGCAGACCACGCCCUGGAGGUGUGUCUAAAUGGAGAGGAGGAGGAGCUUAGGACAUUGGGGUACCGUAAGAUUCCCAGUGAUAAGUGUGAGGGAGGUUUCACUCCCCUGCGCAUAAAGGAGACGGUCAACAGGCAUUGUGGGAACUCCAGUCAGCCCCCCACUGCCAGCCCAUAUUCUGAAACCCCGAGAGAGAAGAUGCUGUUGAUCGUAGUUUGUGUUGGAUCAGGGAUUGUCAUUCUGGUGGCUGUUGCCGCUGCUGUCUAUACUGUAAGGAGAAUGGGCUAUGGAAAUAGGGCGCCAACGUAUCGCUUCUCUGUCCUGCAGCUUCAGGACGACGUCUGCUCCAUUGCCGCCGACCCAGAGAGUGUCGCCAGUAGCAACGGAACAUCAGUCUUCCAAGUGGAUUCAGAUGAUGAUCUUAUUGAAUGAACAACAUGAGAUGAAAUAUCUUGACGAUGAUCUCCAGAGCUUGGCCAUUUGGAUGCAUGACAUUCCACUUGUUGUAUUAUGUACCUGUUGCAUCUCAAUGGAAAGACGUCUAGGGUUUGUAAGGAACAAAUUGCAGAUGUCAUGUAGAUGGUAUGCAGAUGUCCCAAGCUAUUUAUUGAGCGAAGAACACUUCCCACUGGACACUGGUUGAACCAACGUAGAAUAGACGUUGAAUUGAGUUUACUUCAAGUUUCACUGCUCUGUUUUUAAGUAUUUCAUGAAUUAACAGUUUGUCUCUGUCUGAUGAUAUUAUAUAUGUGUGGAACACUUUCUUCAACUUGCACAAUUUUGUAUGGCGCUUGCAAUGCAAUUGAUAGUGGGUUCGAUUCCCAGGACCACCCUUGUGUAAAAUGUAUGCACGCAUGACUGUAAAUCGAUUUGGAUAAAAGAGUCAACUAAAUGGCCUAUAUUUAUUAUUAUUAUUAUUAUUAUUAUUGUUACCACUGUUCACUAGUCUGUAUUUUGAUGAGGCCCUGAAUAAUGUGCAUUCCUAAUAAAUCAAUACAGUAAUGUUACAAUAGCGAUGUAAUGGAAAUAAAGUGCCUGAUUACCUCAA